AUGAAAUUACCUGAAAAGAUUUUACAAAAUCUUACCAAGUUUGGCUUAAAAUACGAGUGCUGGAAUGGUCCGGGCAUACCACCGCGACAGCACCUGGUCGGCCGUGUGAAAGGCGUAAAAGGCCUUAUUUGUCACUUGGGUGUCAAAAUUGAUGCCGAAGUUUUGAAUGCAGCUGGUAGCAAUCUCAAGGCUAUAAGCACCAUGUCGGUAGGCUAUGAUCACCUAGACCUUAAAGAAAUCAAAGCCAGAAAUAUUCGCGUUGGCUAUGUUCCUGAAAUCUUAACUGACGCAACUGCCGAGUUAACCGUCAGCCUACUGCUCAUGGUUUCCCGUAGAAUGAGGGAAGCGUCUGAAACCGUGCCUGCCGGGAAAUGGGGUGCAUGGGAGCCAUUCUGGAUGUGUGGAAAGGGUCUGAAAAGCUCCGUUGUCGGAAUAUUUGGUCUUGGACGUAUCGGCAAGGCCGUUGCAACUCGUCUGGCUGCAUUCUCCCCCAAACGUAUCAUUUACUCGUCUUCGGGUCACCGCCCCGGAGGCUACCAGCCGGUUCUCCUCUUUACCAAACCCGACGGAACGCCGAUUGAAGCAGAACCCGUUUCCUUCAAUGAACUUCUUAAAGAAUCUGAUUUCCUUUGUGUCUGCGCCUCUAUGGGUGAAAAACUUAGGGGUGUCUUCAACGACGAGGUAUUCGGUAAGAUGAAGGCGGGCGCCGUCUUCAUAAACAUAGCACGUGGCGCGAUGGUCGACCAGGAGGCGUUGUAUCGGGCCCUAACAAAGGGUGUUGAAGCUGGCGGGCUGUAUGGUGCGGGUCUGGAUGUUACUGUACCAGAGCCUCUUCCCUCCAACUCACCGCUGCUCAAGCUACCUAACUGUUUCAUCCUGCCACACAUCGGAAGCGCCACCGAGGAGACGCGAUGGUUGAUGGCUGAACGUACAGUUGACAAUCUCAUUGCCAGUCUCUCAGAUCCUCCAAAACCAAUGCCAUCGGAGUUGAAAUUCUAG